UUUUCCGUCACUUCUCCCGAGCCAGCGACGCUGCUGACGUCACAGCCCCCACAGGCUGAGGUCUCGGCCGCAGCGGUGCGUUCAGGUUCGGAGCAGCAGAGCGAUGGUGGCCUCCGUCCCUCCGGUUGUCUCGCCGUCCAUUUAACGAAGAAACCCGGGUCUCCCGCCGACGAGGCCCGCUACGCGAUGGCGAACCACGUUUUCCCAGACCAGGAGCAGCUGCUGCAGUUCCUGAGGAGGCUCAAGGAGGUUUUCGACGUUUGUGACGAGGAUGCUGACGGCUUCAUCCGGGUGGAGCACCUGCUGGACCUCGGUGUACAGUUCGGACAAGGAGACGAGGUGAAGGCAUUGACCAGGCACCUCGAUCCUAAUUCUCAUGGGAAAAUCAACUUUAAAGACUUUUGCCAUGGAGUGUUUGCUAUCAAAGGUUGUGAGGAGAUUCUGAAGAUGGCUGUGGGUCCUCGGAGUGCGACCUCCAACCAGCAAUCUGUUACUGACAAUGGUUACGUUUACCAGAACGGUGAGGCCAGGCUGCCCAAUCCAAUCAUCAUGUGCACCCGCUCCUUCCCUGAAUGCAGUGUGUACAGGGAGGGUUGUGGUCCUGAUGGGGAGUGUGACAUGGACAGCAGCACUGAAAACGCCAACACCUCUGACUCUUUGCACCCAACAAGAAAAGACAGCCAACUCGCUGGCUCAGCGUCCCCUUCCGUCAUCUCUGGAGAGGAGCAGUUUGAGGACUACGGUGAGGGGGAGGAUGCGGAUUUCAUUCCCAGCAGCCCUUGCCCUGAAGAAGACAACCGAACAAAUGGCUUCUCAGACCUUGGAUCCUCGCUUCCCUCGAGUGCAGGGCAGACGCCCCAGAAGAUGCGACAACUAUAUAACAGUGAGCUGCUGGACAUCUACUGUUCUCAGUGCUGCAAGAAGGUGAAUCUGCUCAAUGACCUGGAGGCUCGACUUCGAAACCUCAAAGCCAACAGCCCUAACAGAAAGAUAACCAGCACAGCAUUUGGACGUCAGCUGUUCCAGGCCAACCACAGUGUGUUUGGGUCGAGUCAGGGCAGCAGCACCGAGGAUCUGUUCACCGACAGCAUCGACUCCUGUGAUCUUGACAUCACAGAGAAAGUCAGUUAUUUGGAGAAGAAGGUGACCGAGCUGGAGAGUGAAAGUCUGGCAAAUGGUGACCUCAAGUCGAAACUUAAACAUGAAAACACACAACUAGUCCACAGGGUCCAUGCGCUGGAGGAGCAGGUAAAAGAUGCUGAGACGAGGGCAGACCAGUGUCUGGAGGAGGAGAGCAAGAGGCACCGGGAGGCUUUCACCAAGAUGGAGCGAGACAGAAACUUUGAGAUGGACCUGCUGUGUAACAGGUUACAGCAAUUAGAAGAGGAAAAUGGAGAGAUGAAGUUAAAUGUGUGUCGACUCAAGUCUCAGACCGAGAAACUGGACCAGGAGAAGCAGAGAAUGACAGACAAGCUGGAGGACACUAAUCUGAGGCUGAAAGAUGAGAUGGACCUCUACAGGAAGAUACUGGACAAGCUCUGGCACAACCGCCAUGCGUUUCAGAAGGAGAAGGAGUCUAUGCAAGAGCUGAUUGAUGAUCUGCGCCGGGAGCUGGAGUAUCUGCAGCUGUUUAAGCUGGAAAUGGAGCAUCCUGGGCAAGGCAAGGGGUUAUCCGAGUUCAACGCCAAGACCAGGGAGAGUGAAAUGGAACAUGAAGUCAAGAGACUGAAACAGGAAAACUACAAGCUGCGGGAUCAGAAUGAUGACCUGAACGCUCAGAUUCUCAGUCUGAGUUUGUAUGAGGCUAAAAACCUCUUCUCCUGUCAAAGCAAGGCCCAGUGCUUGGCAGCCGAGAUCGACAACGCGUCCAGAGAUGAGCUGGUAGAUGCUUUGAAGGAGCAGGAGGAGAUCAACCUGCGUCUGAGGCAGUACAUGGACAAAAUCAUUCUGGCCAUUCUCGACCAUAACCCCUCUAUUCUGGAGAUCAAGAAUUAAACACACACACACACACACACACACACACACACAUCAAACACAUGUGUAGCUGUAGUUGAGUUGAGCUUCCAUUACCUCACAAUUAGCCUGAUUAUUAUUAUAUGCUGAUAAUUAGCUGCAUUAGCUGAGUCAGCAGAGCACAGAAUAAGGAUGCAGAUGAAGGGCUGGGAAGAGUGGAAGAGGAAGAGGUGUGAGGAGAGAGUGGACUACUUUCAGAUGUGACAUAUUUUGGCUUUCAAAUGUCAGUCGUGAUGAUCUGUCAACCCCCAUGAUUAUAGCAAGUGCAGUUUAAUACUAAAGUUCCCAGAACUCUGGGGUCAAUGACCACAUGUUGGUCAGGAACUUUGUCAGAAAUACAGUAUAGCGAUUUUCCUGUGGAUCGCUCCAACUCUGAAUUUCCAACCCUGCAGCAAACAAUUACAGUUACUUUAAAGAAAUACUUACGGUAUGUAAAUACUAUCGCCACUACACACACAGACACACACACACACACACACACACACACAUAGUACUGUAUUCUUCAUCAGUGGCAUCAUCACCACAGCAUUUUCCCUCCUGUACCACUUAUAAUAUUGAAAUGUCUUUCAGUCACUGCAGAACUACAUGUGCCACCAGUGUUUUAUUACCUCUAAUAUUUGAAGCCAGUGUAACUGCCACUGUUCACUUUAUUACUUGUAGACACUGUCAUUUUUCUGAUGGGGAUUCAGACUGAAUCAGAAUCCAGAUAUAAAGUUUGCAUGUUUACUACAAACUGUUGCCAAAGCUGUCUGUCAUGCUGCAGGUGUUCCAGACAGCCAUUUGUUUCUUUAACUUCAUUAUACUUUGAAAAUCUCUUUGUAGAGACUUGAAAUCUACUCAAAUAUGACGAUUGCUAUAAUUCUUCACAGUCAUAAUAUAUAUUUUAUGGCAAUGCUGAGCAGAUUUUUCGAUCUGAUCUACUACUAUAUAUAUAUAUAUAUAUAUAUAUAUAUUAAAGUUAGGAUCAAAGUUGGGAAUGGAUGAACACCAGUGGAAGAGUUUAAAAAAAAAGAGUUCCAGAUUUUGGAUUGCAGCUUUUUGUAGUACAGAUCCUGGAGUCAGGCUGUUGUUAGCUUAGCUUAGCAUAAAGACACAGCUGGACAUCUUCUCUAAAGUUCAUGGAAUAAAAAUUAUCUCAAAUGAGUAAGCUGGAUGUUAUCAGUGUAGUUAUAUUUUGGAUCUGCUUCUUGAUGAGCCAAUGUUUGUUGAAACAAAAGAUUUGAGUAAUGAUCAGGGUAGUGUGUUGUCAGUGUGUUGCAAAAUGCAAGAUACAACACACAUGAACUCUGACCUAUUCUCGAGUUCUGCAUUUUUUGCUGUGAUGAGCUGAUUGAGCUUCAAACCCUUUUAAUUUGGCUCUUUCAACACAAACGAAUGUCUACACAAUUAACACACUAUAUCCUGUUAUUGUCAGUAACUAUGUAAUUGAGCCUGUGAGGGAUAAUUCAGUGCAGCCUUUAACAAGUAUACGUUUCCACUCAUAGCAAAGGUAUUUAUAGGGGCAAUCGCUCAAUAUGCCAGAGCUCAACCUCUCACUGUUUUCAUGUACUGUUAAAAAAAGAUAGGUAAUACUAGAAGGACGUGAAAAUCACCAUGAAAUAUUGAAUAGUCCGAUGACAGGUCUCAUACAAAUUCAACAUAAUGUGAACGUGUUAACAGCAACAGCCGGAGCAGGAGAGAUGGGAACUUGAUAGUUCUGCUGUUUUUCUCAGUUUCUCCUCUCUAGAGGAAAUGACCUGUGUCAUCGUUCUUCGGUCAUUCACAAAUCACCUUAGAGGUAUUCUGUGGAGUUCUGAAUCAUUAGUCGAGUUGUGGUGCAACUCAUUUUAUGAGCGUGCACUUUGGAUGCCACAGGUCAGAUCCUGCUAUUGUUUUCAAGCUGUUGUAUUUAAUUACAGUUGUUGGCAGUAAUUUACCAGAAAACAAGGGCAACAUAAACAGUGAUGAAGAACGAUGUAGAAUUUAUUAUAUCUUAAAUACUAGAAUGGCACCAGGUAUAGCACAUAUCUCUGCCCAGGACAAACUUUACAUUUUGAAACUAAAUUAGUUUUUCAUCAUGAUCCAUGAAUUAUUUCCCAGGAAAUUUAUGAAAUGUAAAAAUGACAAGAAAAAGCUCUAUCUCCCAAUCUCCUGGAUUCGUCCAGAUCUGCGCCAAAAUGUAAUUGGUCUUUCUCGGCCCAUGUCCAAUCCUUCAACAAAGUUUCAUUGAAAUCUGUUUGCGUAAUCUUGCUGACAAAGAAACUAAAAAAGCAUCUGACAGAGUGGAAAACAACACUUGUCUGGGCAAAGUUGCACUUAUCUUAUGGCCAAAAUGCACUUGUUUGUUAGAUGUAUACACACAGUGUGUUCUGAUGAGAAGUACUGAAUGUUGAAAAAAUGUUUUUGUUGAAAAAUCUGCACAGGGUGUCUUCAAGUCAAAUUGUUCAGUCACUGUAUCUUAGCCUAUAAAAAAAUGAGGGAGAAAUCCGAUUUGACUGACAAGAAUUAUUUCCAAAUAGUUUUUAGUAUAUAUCCUUAUUACUAAAAAAAACAUUAACUUCCAUUUUAAGUGAGUAAGUCACUCACUUAAAAUGUGAUUCUGCCAGUGUUGUAAGUUAUUUUCAUUUACUCUUAAUUAAGCUAAAUAUUUAACUGUGCUGGUAGAUAAGCUAACCAAACACACCAGAAUGUUACUCCACGUGUGUGAUGGUGAGGAAGCGGUAUUGAGCUGCCAUAGUGAGCAUCAUACUUUAUAACUAUUGAAGCUCGAUUUGCUCCAUGCACAAAGUGUCACCAAGUGAUUGUUUCCACUGUUAUUUGCUUGUUCUUUUACAGGCUUUGUGCAUUUACAUAUGAGGAAUUAACAAAUAUUAUUUUGUAUGAUUUUGCCCAUUGUUGCCACUGUAAGUGAACAUUUUUUUAUACUGACAUUUUGUUUUAUUUGGACACAGUAUUUGUGGUGUCACAUGUUAUAAAUGUACAGAAUGUAGUUACUAUGUAUUUGCAAGUCAUUCAGCUUCUUAGAAAGUCUCUUUGAGAGAUCUGACACAAAAUAAAAAAGUAUGUGUUUGUAGAUUAUAAUAAUCGUGAUAUCGCACAUUUCAAGUGUCAUAUUCAAAGUAUUUACCUGAAAUAAUGAUAGUAAAACAAUAGUCUGUCACAGCUCACAUGUUACCUCUGAUUUAUUUUACUUAUGAUAUGCACACGGAACUAUAUGUGAUGAUGAUGUACAAAUUAGAUGUGUAAAUAAAAUGCAAUUGCUUUGGCAUGACGAAGUUGGUUUGGUCAUGUGGUGCUUUCUUCAGAGUAAUAUCAGGUCCAACAGUCAGGCUGGAGUAACCUGUUUUCUUGAUCCCUGUCCAUCCCUCUUCCAUGUCUUUUUUUUUUUAGCUCCAUGGUCCCUUAAAGUGUGGUGGGAUGGUUACUCCUCCAACUGACGUGUGUGGACCCAGGUUUUUGAAUGUGGAUCAGGCCCCCUUCAGAAGGAUUGCUGGGCAUGGACACGUAACUGCUGCAGGAGCGUCUGCUCUCUCCGAGAAAUGCUUUGAGGGCAUAGGGCCCCCUAUAAGCCUCCCCUUCAGACACACACUCACACACAUACACACAAUAGAGCAAAGUGGGAGGUGCAUUUUUAGAAUUUGUCCUGAUUGUCCUCUAUUCAUUUUGGGGAAAUACAAUUCUGGUAUGGUAAAACAUGAACAAACUUAAAGUUGGUUCGCAAUUCAAGAUGGAUUUGGUCUAGAAUCACAGGAAUCAAGUCAUCUAAUUUUCUUUAAUUGUUGUUAAAUUUCCUUUUUUGAUCGUAGUAGUUCAAUGUAAUCUCAGAGGUUUUAAAAAAGGCACAAAAUACCAGAAGCAAAUAAAUGUGAUGCCAUUAUUCUUGGUAAAAUACAGCAAACAUUAGAACUAUAGACAUCUAUAAGGAGAAAAGACAGAAAUAUCUGUAUAUGUUUGUUACGUGUCUGGUGUGGCAUGUUCAAAUUCUAUAUUUGCUGCUUGAUCUUUUCUUAUUUUCUCCAUUUUGACUAAUUAUCUUGGAUAAUACAUGCUAACCCGAACCCUCUGUAUGAACUUAAUAUUUGUAUUUCAUUCAUAAUACACUUGUACUUAUACUUUCAUCUCUACAUCCAUAUUU